GGGAGGCCGUACUGGGAGGUGGCGCUGGGAGCACUGGGAGCCCGUACUGGGAGCACUGGGAGAUGACACUGGGAGGCUGUACUGGGGGUACUGGGAGAUGACACUGGGAGGCAGCACUGGGAGCCCGUACUGGGAGCGCUGGGAGGCAGCACUGGGAGCCCGUACUGGGAGCGCUGGGAGGCAGCACUGGGAGCCCAUACUGGGAGCCCAUACUGGGAGCGCUGGGAGCCCGUACUGGGAGCGCUGGGAGGCAGCGUGCCCCACGCCGGGCGCCCCGUGGCCGUGCCGCAGCCUCGCGCCUGGUGCCGGAGCAGGGGGAGCUGCGGUUGGUGGCCUCCGGCCCGGGCCCCACGGCCGCCGUGCUCUGGGGGUGGGCGCAGCGCAACGGCCGCCUGCGGGACCUGCUGGAGCUGCUGCGGGGGCUGCGCCUGCUGCGGGCACACGACAUGCUGGCCGCCUGGUACCCCGGUCUGGCCCCCCCCACGGAGCCCCCCCCGCUGCCCCCCCUGGAGCCCCCCCCGCUCUGCGUGCCCCCCAGCCCCCGCCUGCUGCCCACGGCCCCCCCGGGCCCCCCCUCGGACGCCAGCACCGUCUCUGCGUGGGACCCCCCGAAACGGCCCCCCCCAGAGCCGUCCCUGCCCCUCCCGGGGCCCCCCCCCCCAGCGCCCUGCUCAGCACCCCCAGCCUGGGACCCCCAUUGCCGGCCCCCCCGGCCCCCCCCGACGAGGCGCUGGCCUCGCUGUGCUCGUCCUUGGCCUCGCUGCGCCCCGGGCCGCCCCCCCCCGCCCCCCCGGCCGUCGUCGCCCCCCCCGUCCCCCCUCCGUUCCGCUGGGGGCUGGGGGAGCUGGCGGGGGCCACGGGGGGCUUCGCCGACACCCACAAGGUGGGGGAGGGCGGCUUCGGGGUGGUCUAUCGCGCCCGCCUGCGCCACACCGACUACGCCGUCAAGCGCCUGCGGCAGGACGCCGACCUCGACUGGGGCGUCCUCGUUAACAGCUUCGUUACCGAGGUGGAGAAACUCUCACGGUACCGGCACCCCAACAUCGUGGAGCUGUCGGGGGUCUGCGCCGAGGGGGGGCACUUCUGCCUGGUCUACGUCUUCAUGGCCAACGGGUCCCUGCAGCAGCGCCUGGGGGCGCAGUGCCCGCAGCCCCCCCUGACGUGGGGCCAGCGCCUGCACGUGCUGCUGGGCACGGCCAGAGCCCUCCAGUUCCUGCACCGCGACACCCCCGCGCUGGUGCACGGCGACGUCAAGAGCUCCAACAUCCUGCUGGACGCGGGGCUGAGCCCCCGGCUGAGCGACUUCGGGCUGGCGCGGCCCCCCCGGGGGGGAGCGGGGGGCAGCAGCACCGGCAGCCUGGGGGGGUCGCGCAGCCUGCGGGGGACCCUGGCCUACCUGCCCCCCGAAUACCUGCGGGGGGGGGCCCUCACCCCCGCCCUCGACACCUACAGCUUCGGCGUGGUGCUGCUGGAGGUGCUGACGGGGCGCCCGGCCAUGGAGACGGACGCCCGCGGUCGGACCACCUACCUGAAGGAGCUGCUGGAGGAAGCCGAGGACGAGGACGAGGGGUGGUCGGGGCCCCCCCCGGACCCCCGAGCCGGGCUGCCCCCCCCCGGCCUGGCGACCGCCCUGUCCCGCCUGGCCGCCCGCUGCCUCCGCCGCCGCGGCAAACGCCGACCCGCCAUGGCGCAGGUGUACGAGGAGCUGGAGCGGCUGCAGGAGGGGGCCCCCCCCGCGCCCCCCAACCAGCCGCAGGAGAGCGAGGAAGAGGAGGAGGCGGCGGCUGCGGCCCCCCCGGGGGUCGUCAUCAACCCGGCGCGGCGGCGGCUGAUGGAGCGGUUGGCGCUUUACCGACAGGGCCGCCUCGACUCGCUGGGGCUGCUGGCCUCGGGGGGGCCCCCCGCCAUGGCGGCCGCCCCCCAGCCGCAGGAGAGCGACGACUCCCAGCCCUGAGGGGAGAGGCGCACACGCAACCCCCCCCCCCAGAAAUAAACCCCAAAUAAACCGCGGUUCUU